GCCGGACUGGUCUGGCCGGCAGUGACCGUGGUCCUUCUCUGCUUUGCUGCGCGUCUGGAGGCCAGCCCGGAGCUAUCCGCAUGCAGAAAAGCAAUCGAGAGCUUGCUUCUGGGAUGCUGUGGCCACCCACUUGCCCAUCCCAGCUUAUGAGGGAUAAUGCCAAGGGAGAGAUGAACUCUGGGCUGGAGGCAGCUCCCAGCUGCACCCGCUGACACCCAGGGAGGGAUGCUGACUGCAGAUGCUGAAGGGCCCCUGGCAGCAAUGCUGUAUGCAAGGUUUGCUGCAAGCCCACGUUCUCUGCUGCUGUCCUGCUCUGAUCUUGUUCACCCCAUAAGUGCCUCAUCUCAAGGGUACCUGCGCAAGGUGCUGAGGAACCACACUGUCCACACCUGCGAUGGAGAGCAGCUCCUCAUCGUCUGCCCUCGCAAAACCACCAUCAGCAUCCUCGGGGCCUUCUAUGGGCGCCGAGUGUCCAGCACCAAUCUCUGUCCUAGCCUCGACAAUGCCUCCCAGGAAAGCACCGAGUGCACGUCUGCCACUGCCUACCUGAAGCUGCUGGCUGAGUGCCAGGACCAGCAGUGGUGCCAGUUCUCAGUGCACAGCCAGGUCUUUGGGCCCGACCCAUGCCCUGGGACACACAAGUAUCUCAUCGCUUCCUACAAGUGCCGGCCAGGGAACCAUCGGGUCAAGACUGUAUGCGAGAAUGACAAGCUCAGGCUGCAGUGUCGACCAAAAUCCAUCCUGGCCAUUUAUUCUGCAAGCUAUGGACGAUUCCUGCGGGGAAAACCAGAGUGUGAUGCCUUGAACACUGGAGGACCCCAUAUAGAGUGUGUGGCUCCAGAUGCUCUGCGCAGGGUUUCCAAGAAGUGCCACCGCAAGGGGAACUGCACCGUGGCCGCUGACAAGGCCACCUUUGGGGACCCAUGCCUCCCUGGCACAAAGAAGCAGCUGCGAGUCUCUUACACCUGUGUGCCCAAGCAGCUGCUGGAGGAGGUGGGCCCUGACACCUCGGACCCCUUCCUGCUUUCAGACUACAUGCACGGUGGCUGGUACAAAGGGCCCCGGUUCUCCAGGCUCCAGGAAGACCGCAUGAUUUUUACUAGCUCUCUGGCAGCUUUUGCCCACCUUUGGGGUGUCCCAGAGAAAGUUGCCCUCUACUUUCUUUGUGGUGUCUCAGGAGGCCUCAUGCUGCUGCUGUGCAUCAUCAGCCCCAAAACGACCUUCCUCCAGGAAAUGGGGGAGGCUCUCAAAGAUCCAGAGCUGGGGAGCAGCUCAGAGCUGGGCAGGACCAAGCUGCGGGAUGAGCAGGAUGAGGAUGUCGCUGAUGACAGCUCCUCGGACUCCUCCUUCCGCCACCUCACCCGCACCUACCGCGCCACUGACAGCAUCUUCGGGCCUGAGCUGACCGCAGCCAUGGAGGGAGCCGUGGAGCACCAGGGCCACAGCAGGGAUGAGAUCUGGAUGCCCAAGGAGUCAAGCCCGUAUGCCAUACACAAGAUCAAAUCAGCCACCAAAUAAGAACUGGAAGAAAAUGGCGGGAGGGCAGCAGGCUCAGUGGGAUCUGACAUCAGAGAGAUGUAAGAGUUUGGGAUCCCUGGGUGACUGCACAUCCCCGAGCAGAAGCAGGGUCAUGGCAGCUCCAGUGUGUCCAUCCACACACUGCUCCACCAGCAUGGAAACCUCUAACCUGGGGUGACAUGCAGUCCCUCGGUGUGAUGAGGGGCUGUGGAACAGUUCUGUGGGCCACGGGCUCCUUUGCUGUAGACGCCACUAAUCCUAACCUAACCUAACCUAACCUAACCUAACCUAACCUAACCUAACCUAACCUAACCUAACCUCCCUGUUCUCAGCUUGCAUUGUCUGGCUCUAGAGUUUAACCCUGAACCAAGCCCACCCUUAGCCCUUCGAGGCUCCUGUUUCUCCUUGGGUACCGGCUUCCACUCCUGGUGCUGCAAACACACCCUGCACUCGGGCACUGUGCCAGUGGCGGAGAGGCAGGAAUGGCCAGGACACAGGGAGAGGCAGAUGGAGGGGGUGUGCAAGCACAGCGGGCAGUACCAGCACAUCCCCUCCACAGUGCAUGCCAUGCAGCCCUGCUGUUCCAAGGGAGCUGCUCCCCAGGCUGGGGCCACUGGCACCUUGGCACAACACUGGGUGUCACCUCCCUGCAGGCAUUCAGGAACUCCGUCACCCCACAUUGCUCUGUGCUUUCCUCUCUACUUUCCCCAGUGGCAGGAGAGCCCCAAGUUUUAACUUGCUAUGUUUUUUUCCAGUGAAUAAAUGCAAUAGCUCUUAGGUACAACA